AUGAUGAAAACGGAUAGGAAAAUGUCGUCGAGCAACAAUCUAAUCGCCCACAAGGAAGUGGCGACUGAAACGAUAUCUCGACUUGUCGAUUUUCCUCUGGUCCUGUCCAGAAGGAGAGACGCCACGAUCGGGCAACUCCCUGCAUUUCAAGAUGACACAGAGGAGAAGAUUUCACAGAAUACGAGCUGCCUCCCUCCAUUGUAA